AUGUUAUAUCUGGUAAAAAGAUACAGUAGUUUAUUUUUAAUCAUAACAAGUACACAGACGACAACCUCCUGUCCCACUCCGACAUCCCACCCACCACAAGUACACAGACGACAACCUCCUGUUCCACUCCGACAUCCCCACCCACCACAAGUAGACAGACGACAACCUCCUGUUCCACUCCGACACCCCCACCCACCACAAGUACACAGACGACAACCUCCUGUUCCACUCCGACAUCCCCACCCACCACAAGUAGACAGACGGCAACCUCCUGUCCCACUCAGACAUCCCCACCCACCACAAGUACACAGACGACAACCUCCUGUCCCACUCCGACACCCCCACCCACCACAAGUACACAGACGACAACCUCCUGUUCCACUCCGACAUCCCCACCCACCACAAGUAGACAGACGGCAACCUCCUGUCCCACUCCGACAUCCCAACCCACCACAAGUACACAGACGACAACCUCCUGUCCCACUCCGACACCCCCACCCACCACAAGUACACAGACGACAACCUCCUGUCCCACUCCGACACCCCCACCCACCACAAGUACACAGACGACAACCUCCUGUCCCACUCCGACAUCCCCACCCACCACAAGUACACAGACGACAACCUCCUGUCCCACUCCGACAUCCCCACCCACUACAAGUACACAGACGACAACCUCCUGUCCCACUCCGACAUCCCCACCCACCACAAGUACACAGACGACAACCUCCUGCCCCACUCCGACACCCCCACCCACCACAAGUACACAGACGACAACCUCCUGUCCCACUCCGACAUCCCCACCCACCACAAGUAGACAGACGACAACCUCCUGUCCCACUCCGACACCCCCACCCACCACAAGUACACAGACGACAACCUCCUGUCCCACUCCGACAUCCCCACCCACCACAAGUACACAGACGACAACCUCCUGUCCCACUCCGACAUCCCCACCCACUACAAGUACACAGACGACAACCUCCUGUCCCACUCCGACAUCCCCACCCACCACAAGUACACAGACGACAACCUCCUGUCCCACUCCGACACCCCCACCCACCACAAGUACACAGACGACAACCUCCUGUCCCACUCCGACACCCCCACCCACCACAAGUACACAGACGACAACCUCCUGUCCCACUCCGACAUCCCCACCCACCACAAGUACACAGACGACAACCUCCUGUCCCACUCCGACAUCCCCACCCACUACAAGUACACAGACGACAACCUCCUGUCCCACUCCGACAUCCCCACCCACCACAAGUACACAGACGACAACCUCCUGUCCCACUCCGACAUCCCCACCCACCACAAGUACACAGACGACAACCUCCUGUCCCAUUCCGACAUCCCCACCCACCACAAGUAGACAGACGACAACCUCCUGUCCCACUCCGACAUCCCCACCCACCACAAGUACACAGACGACAACCUCCUGUCCCACUCCGACAUCCCCACCCACCACAAGUACACAGACGACAACCUCCUGUCCCACUCCGACAUCCCCACCCACUACAAGUACACAGACGACAACCUCCUGUCCCACUCCGACAUCCCCACCCACCACAAGUACACAGACGACAACCUCCUGUCCCACUCCGACACCCCCACCCACCACAAGUACACAGACGACAACCUCCUGUCCCACUCCGACACCCCCACCCACCACAAGUACACAGACGACAACCUCCUGUCCCACUCCGACAUCCCAACCCACCACAAGUACACAGACGACAACCUCCUGUCCCACUCCGACACCCCCACCCACCACAAGUACACAGACGACAACCUCCUGUCCCACUCCGACAUCCCCACCCACCACAAGUACACAGACGACAACCUCCUGUCCCACUCCGACACCCCCACCCACCACAAGUACACAGACGACAACCUCCUGUCCCACUCCGACAUCCCCACCCACCACAAACGACAACCUCCUGUCCCACUCCGACAUCCCACCCACCACAAGUACACAGACGACAACCUCCUGUUCCACUCCGACAUCCCCACCCACCACAAGUAGACAGACGACAACCUCCUGUUCCACUCCGACACCCCCACCCACCACAAGUACACAGACGACAACCUCCUGUUCCACUCCGACAUCCCCACCCACCACAAGUAGACAGACGGCAACCUCCUGUCCCACUCAGACAUCCCCACCCACCACAAGUACACAGACGACAACCUCCUGUCCCACUCCGACACCCCCACCCACCACAAGUACACAGACGACAACCUCCUGUUCCACUCCGACAUCCCCACCCACCACAAGUAGACAGACGGCAACCUCCUGUCCCACUCCGACAUCCCAACCCACCACAAGUACACAGACGACAACCUCCUGUCCCACUCCGACACCCCCACCCACCACAAGUACACAGACGACAACCUCCUGUCCCACUCCGACACCCCCACCCACCACAAGUACACAGACGACAACCUCCUGUCCCACUCCGACAUCCCCACCCACCACAAGUACACAGACGACAACCUCCUGUCCCACUCCGACAUCCCCACCCACUACAAGUACACAGACGACAACCUCCUGUCCCACUCCGACAUCCCCACCCACCACAAGUACACAGACGACAACCUCCUGCCCCACUCCGACACCCCCACCCACCACAAGUACACAGACGACAACCUCCUGUCCCACUCCGACAUCCCCACCCACCACAAGUAGACAGACGACAACCUCCUGUCCCACUCCGACACCCCCACCCACCACAAGUACACAGACGACAACCUCCUGUCCCACUCCGACAUCCCCACCCACUACAAGUACACAGACGACAACCUCCUGUCCCACUCCGACAUCCCCACCCACCACAAGUACACAGACGACAACCUCCUGUCCCACUCCGACAUCCCCACCCACUACAAGUACACAGACGACAACCUCCUGUCCCACUCCGACAUCCCCACCCACCACAAGUACACAGACGACAACCUCCUGUCCCACUCCGACACCCCCACCCACCACAAGUACACAGACGACAACCUCCUGUCCCACUCCGACACCCCCACCCACCACAAGUACACAGACGACAACCUCCUGUCCCACUCCGACAUCCCAACCCACCACAAGUACACAGACGACAACCUCCUGUCCCACUCCGACACCCCCACCCACCACAAGUACACAGACGACAACCUCCUGUCCCACUCCGACAUCCCCACCCACCACAAGUACACAGACGACAACCUCCUGUCCCACUCCGACACCCCCACCCACCACAAGUACACAGACGACAACCUCCUGUCCCACUCCGACAUCCCCACCCACCACAAGUAGACAGACGACAACCUCCUGUCCCACUCCGACAUCCCCACCCACCACAAGUACACAGACGACAACCUCCUGUCCCACUCCGACAUCCCCACCCACCACAAGUAGACAGACGGCAACCUCCUGUCCCACUCCGACAUCCCAACCCACCACAAGUACACAGACGACAACCUCCUGUCCCACUCCGACACCCCCACCCACCACAAGUACACAGACGACAACCUCCUGUCCCACUCCGACAUCCCCACCCACCACAAGUACACAGACGACAACCUCCUGUCCCACUCCGACAUCCCCACCCACUACAAGUACACAGACGACAACCUCCUGUCCCACUCCGACAUCCCCACCCACCACAAGUACACAGACGACAACCUCCUGUCCCACUCCGACACCCCCACCCACCACAAGUACACAGACGACAACCUCCUGUCCCACUCCGACAUCCCCACCCACCACAAGUAGACAGACGACAACCUCCUGUCCCACUCCGACAUCCCCACCCACCACAAGUACACAGACGACAACCUCCUGUCCCACUCCGACAUCCCCACCCACCACAAGUACACAGACGACAACCUCCUGUCCCACUCCGACAUCCCCACCCACCACAAGUACACAGACGACAACCUCCUGUCCCACUCCGACAUCCCCACCCACCACAAGAACACAGACGACAACCUCCUGUCCCACUCCGACAUCCCCACCCACCACAAGUACACAGACGACACCAUCAUGUCUCACUCCGACAUCCCCACCCACCACGUAACGUCGAAGUCAAUGUGCCUUUAUUUAAACCAAUGUAA